UAUGAAUGGUUUGUUUGUUGUCAACAAUUGACAAUUGAUUGCAAUUUGUAUUUCAAACUGAUAUUCAUAUUGAGUGUAAAUCCAGUGUAAAGACAAUUACAAGUAAUAAAUCAGUGAAUCAUUGGAUCCAUUAGUGUGUGGUGUAAGUGAUGGCGACUCUGGAGAAGGAAGGCAUCCAGAAGCAGAUCCAACAGGACUGGGCUAACCGCGAGUACAUUGAGAUCAUCACCGGAAGCAUCAAAAAGAUCGCUGACUUCUUGAACUCGUUUGACAUGUCUUGCAGAGGAAGACUGGCGUCACUGAACGAAAAGCUAACGUCUUUAGAGCGAAGGAUUGAAUACUUGGAGGCGAAGGUAACCAAAGGAGAGACUCUUAAUUGAUUGCAUUGAUUGCCAACAAUGACUACAAUAUUAUAGCCUAUCAAUGGUGUCGUGCUUUUCACAAAUCAUUAUAUUUAUACACUAUUUAUAUGUAUUAAUAUUAAUAAUGUACCAAAUAUUGCAUUUAAUCAAAUAAAUUAAUACUUCAUAUUA